CAGCCGGGUUUAAAUGUGCUUCUAGAGCUGUCAAAGAAAAACGUGUUUGAUCUUUGUUUUUCUUACAAAAUCUUCUUCUAAAAUAAUUAUUAAACGUGUUUAAGAAUGUCAAUAGAUAAUUUUGACUCCUUAGGACUAUCUCCAUGGAUAUUGAAACAAGUUCAGAAGAUAGGUCUUAAAACCCCAACGCCCAUUCAAAAACAGUGCAUUCCGGAGAUUUUAGCUGGCAGAGACUGCGUUGGUGCUGCCAAAACAGGUAGUGGAAAAACGUUUGCUUUUGCUCUGCCAAUACUCAAUAAACUGGCUGAAGAUACAAGAAGCUACUUUGCUCUGGUCCUCACACCCACCCACGAACUAGCCCAUCAAAUCUCUGAGCAAUUUUCCGUAGCAGGACAGCCUAUUGGAUGUCGUGUGUGUGUGAUAACAGGAGGAACAGAUCAGCUGUAUGAGAGUCAAAGAUUAAUGAACAGACCUCAUAUUAUUGUGGCAAUGCCUGGAAGAUUGGCUGAUCACUUAAUGGGAUGCAAUACCUUUUCCCUGAAAGGAUUGCAGUAUUUGGUGGUAGAUGAAGCGGAUAGAAUGCUAGCUGGAGGUUUUGAUGAGCAUUUAGAAACAAUAGCGAAAUUUCUUCCUAAAAAGAGGCAGAAUCUUUUCUUUUCUGCCACAAUCCGACCAAACAUAUCAUGUUCGCCAAUUUUUCCUCUCAGUGAACAUGCCUUUGAGUGGAGUGAGACUGCUGCUGUGGCCACAGUAGAUACCCUGGAUCAGCGAUAUAUUCUAUGUGCAGAAUAUGAUCGCGAUCAGGUUCUUGUGGAAACUCUUAGACGUUUCCGGGAAGAGCACAAAACAGCCAGUGUGAUUAUCUUCACCAACACCAAGAAAUACUGCCAAAUCCUUUCUAUGACCCUAAAUCAAAUUGGAUUUUCAAAUGUUUGCCUCCACGGAUUCAUGAGGCAAAAAGAAAGAGUCGCUGCUUUAGCCAAGUUCAAGUCAAGUCACGUUAAAACCCUGAUAGCAACGGAUAUUGCCAGUCGAGGUCUCGAUAUUCCAGCCGUAGAACUCGUUCUAAAUCACAGAUUGCCCAAAUUCCCCAAUGAGUAUGUUCACCGUGUGGGAAGAACCGCGAGAGCAGGAAGAACAGGUUUAGCCAUUUCAAUUUUUCGGUUUCCCAAGGAUCUGGAGUUUCUGGGACGAAUUGAAGAGAUUAUCAAGACAAAGUUGACAGAAAUGCCCAUAGAUCAACGAAUGGUAGAGAGAAUUUUCAUGCAAGUGAGCGUAACAAAGCGCGAAGCUGAAAUAAAAGUGGACAAUAAAGGCUUUGAGGAGCGAAAAAAGAACUACAGGAGAAUAAAUUGGCUGAAAAAAGGCCUAGAUCCAGAAGAAGAGGAAGCGCGUUUUCAGCGAGAUCGUAAAGCUCAAGCAGUUGCUAGGAAGAAAGAAAUACUGAAAAAUCGUCGAAAAUUAACUGAUAAUCCACUCUACACAGACGAUAGAUUUGCAAAAUUAAAUAAUAAAAAAAAACAGUCAAAUGUCCAGAGAGAAACAAUAAAGUAGAAAAAUAAUUUAUUUAGCCACAAAUAAAA